CAUUCCUCUCAUACUCUCUCAUUCGUCUUUCUCAACGACACCGAACCUUAAUAUAUCCUACAAUGGCUUUCCUUCACUCUAUCUUUGCUUUACCAAACAAAUGCUCAGCAAUUCUGGCUGUAAAGCUGAGCCCUGAGCAUGCCCACUGUAGUAAAAGCCAUUUCACCAUUGCAUUGCAGCAAGAUAUCGACAUUUCUAAAAAGGGAAAAGCUAGGGAUGAACUUCAAAUAAGACAUGCUAAAACAUUGGAGGAAGUUAAGCGGGAACUUCUUGGCAAGGCGGUACAAAAGUCAGAAUCGACAAUCUCUUUAAAACAAUUAUUCAGAACAGACACUGAAAUCAUCAGCUCUAUGUAUCUGAAGGAAAUUUUUGCACUUUCCAAAUGGUGGAAAGAGCUAGGUCUGGGAAAUGAUUUGACUUUCGCGAGAGACGAACCAAUCAAAUGGUACAUGUGGUCCAUGGCAUGCCUUCCAGACCCACGAUUCUCAGAAGCAAGGAUUGAAAUCACAAAACCACUCUCCCUGGCUUACAUCAUCGAUGAUAUGUUUGAUUUUUGUGCAAAUAUUGAUGAACUCACUCUCUUUACAGAAGCUGUCAAGAGGUGGGACAUUGCUGCCGUGGAACAAUUACCAGAAUACAUGAAAGGGUGUUUUAGGGCUCUUUAUGGCAUAACUAACGAAUUUGCUUUCAAGGUCCAACUCAAACACGGAUGGAAUCCUAUAACAACAUUAGUAAAAUUGUGGGUAAUGCUCAUUAAUGCUUUUCUGGAAGAAGCAAAAUGGUUCAGAUCAGGGCACGUGCCGAAGACAGAGGAGUACUUGAAGAACGGAAUAGUGAGCACUGGGGUGCAUAUGAUUCUUGUGCACGCUUUCUUUUUCAUAGGUGAGGGUAUAACGGAGGAAACAGUCGCUGUAAUGGAGGGAUUGCCGACACUGAUAUCUACAACCGCCACCAUUCUAAGGUUGUGUGAUGACCUGGAAGGGGACCAGGAUGUUAAAGGUGAUGACAAUGAUGGGUCGUAUCUGAAGUGCUACAUGAUGGAGCACCCAGAAGCCUCCAUUGAAGAGGCACGGGAGCAUGCCACUGAAUUGAUUUCGAAUGCAUGGAAACGUCUGAACCAAGAAUGUCUCAGAGAUGCAAAUCCGUUACCAUCAUCUUUCACCAAAGUUUGCCUCGAUGCUGCUCGCAUGGUACCUCUCAUGUACAGUUAUGACAAAAAUACUCUGUCCAAGCUAGAAGAGUAUGUUAAAUCGUUGCUUCAUGGUGGUGCCAUGCAAAGUAUUCUGCAAGAUCAGACUAGUGUUUCAUCAAAUAAUCUUACAUCAACUGACAUAAUGUAGAUCACAGCCAAAUAAAAUUGUUGGUGUUCAAAUAAGGGUAAGUUAGAAUCCUGUUUAAAAAAAUUAAUAUGUUUAUUUAAUUUUAAUUCUUGCAUCAAUCAAGCUAAAAGAAGCUGUAAAUUUUUCGAUCAAUGAUUGAAGGCUUCUAUAAAU